UACAAGCACCUGACCAGUCCACGCGUCUGCACAGAAUGGAGUCGCCGGAGGGUUUCAGGAUAGUGCGCGCCCGGGCGUCGGACCGCGACCGCGUGGAGCGGCUGGCGAGGACCGCCUUCUACCCGGACGAGCCGCUCGACGUGGCGUUCGGCAACACCAGAGGACCCCCCACCGAGGAGAUUCUCUUCCUGUCGGCGCUCGGCGACGGCCACUCAUUAAUUGCAGAGGAUGCCAGCACCGGGGAGGCCGUGGCCAUGUGCAUCAACAGCAUCGUGACGCCCGAAAUACACGAGAAGGAGGCGCAGCUGCAGGUGCGCGAUGAGAAGCUACGCGCGGUGCUGCGCGUGGUAGACGCGGCGUUGAGAGAGGCGGACGUGUGGUCGCAUACGACUGCUCGGAGCGCGCUCGAGGUGCACAUCCUGGCCGUGGCGAGAUCUGCGCGCGGCCGCGGUCUGGCGGCGGCGCUGCUGGCGGAGUCGCUGCGGAUGGCCAAGGAGGAGCUGCGGCUGCCACUGGUGAUGAUCUUCUGCACCAGUGCCUUCUCCGCGAGGCUGGCGCGCCGCGCGGGCAUGCAAGUCGUCUACGAGCUGCCGUACAGCCAGAUCGACAUGCCUGUGCAGCCCCCACACCCACACGACAGACUCGCCAUUUACAUGCUGCACCUGCAGCAAUAACAGGAACUGCGAAGCUGCAAUUAUUACCUUAGAGAAGACAGCGACGGACUGGUAUUGUCAUCUCUAUUGACGUUCGAAGUAGCGUGAAGAUACUAAAUGCACAUAACCGAAGUUUCCUUGCUGUUACAACGCUUUUUGAAAGACAGGUUCUCUCGCAGCAUCAAUGUACACAUUCUCUUCGUCAUUUUUCAGAGAGAUAAAUUCUGUGUAAUAAAUUCAGUACAUUAACUGGCGGAAACAAUGCAGGCAUAGACAAAACUGUGACAAGAAAGAGUUGUUUCAUCUUUAGACAACGUAUAUUACAAUACAUUAACUCACUGACCAAUCCUUCUGGACUAAGAAAUGAAACGAAAUG